AUGACUCUCGAUAUUAGUAUUGAGCAAGUGACACAGAAUGUCGAGCCUCCUACAGUCCCCGCCCAUCGUUCCCACGAUCCCUCAAACAACAUGAAACGGACCGACCCCUUCCAAUUCGGUUCACGAUACCUUGAAAAAGGCGACGAUGUCUUUGAGUUCAAUGCUUGGGACCAUGUCGAGCCAGAUGAUGAAUUCAAGGCCUUUGCCGAGACCCAAUAUGCGAAACAGCGCGAAACUCGAGUGUCGGACUUUGACCGGACCCGAUUCAACAACGAGCCCGCCAAGUGGUGGGACCUUUUCUAUAAGAACAACACUGCCAAUUUCUUCAAGGAUCGCAAGUGGCUGCGCCAAGAGUUCCCAAUCCUCGCUGAAGUGACACAGAAGGACGCUGGUCCCAAGGUCGUCCUGGAGGUUGGCGCAGGAGCUGGUAACACUGCGUUCCCACUGCUCGCCAACAACGAGAACGAACACCUGAAGGUUCAUGCCUGCGAUUUCUCAAAGUAUGCUGUGAAGGUCAUGCGUGAGAGCGAACACUACAACGAGAAAUUCAUGUCUGCUGAUGUAUGGGAUGCAUCCUCUGUUCCCAGCGAGAACGGCGACUCCCUCCCACCCGGCCUCACAGAAGGCUCAGUUGACGUUGUGAUCUUGAUUUUCAUUUUCUCUGCUUUGGCCCCGAACCAGUGGGAUCAUGCCAUCCGCAACAUCUAUCGUCUCUUGAAGCCUGGUGGCCGUGUGCUGUUCCGCGACUAUGGCCGCGGUGACCUUGCUCAAGUACGGUUCAAGAAGGGUCGCUACUUGGCUGAGAACUUCUAUAUUCGGGGUGAUGGCACACGCGUUUACUUCUUCGAGCAGGACCAGCUCGUCGACAUGUGGGGUACCUGGAGCGCAGAAAAUGGCUUGCAGAUUCCCAUUGGCGAUGAGGCAUCCGAGACAGAGAAGGAUCAAUCCCAGGAUACAGAGGAGCAAACUCCAGAGGCCAAACAAUUGGCAAAGGAAAAUGGAGCGUUCGAGGUUCUAAACAUGGGAGCUGACCGCCGGUUGAUUGUCAACCGUGGUACCAAACAAAAGAUGUACCGCUGCUGGAUGCAGGGUAACUUCCAGAAACGUGGCGGACCUAUUGCUGAGAGUAUUGCUGAAAGCUCUCAGUAA